ACCUCAAUUCUUAUGUCUUUUCCGAGAAAGCCGGUCGAUAGACUGACUUACUCGGCCAAGAGGAAAGAGGGAAGAGGAAAGUUAUUUUUCUCAACCUCGUAUUCUGUACCAUCAUACCUAAUUCAAAGGAGUAACUUUCAAUGCCAAUGCCCAAUUCUAGCCCUUCUAGAAUUCAGCAGUCCAUACAUUCCAACUCAUUCACUUCCCCCCAAUCUUCCAUGCGAUCUCUAUAAGUCUUCUCAAUCUCCCCACAUGGUCCAUUUACGCGUGUUAAUUGUGGAUACAGCGUGGAGACAAGAAUCAAAACCGAGCUUGCAUAGCCCUAUACAUUAUGCUCACCCCAGACAAUGAUAUCCCUGCGAAUGAUGCCCUGAUUUUCGAAAUUCCAAUCACAUCGAAACACCGAAUUCGAUCAGCAAUAAACAAGAAGAUCAAUGCCAUGUCUAGAUCCCCGUUUUUGCGCGAUGUUGUCGCACCACUCGCUCAUAGUUUCCAUCCCAUCUCAUGCACAUAGUCAAACGGUUCUAAUAAGAACAAAACAAGAACCCAAAUAAUAUAUCUAAUACCAACUACUGCUCCUCGAAACUCGAAACAAUUUUUUGAAUACUUCUUUUCCUCCAUUACCUAAAAUCUCCAAAAGCACUCUCUCCAAGAUCAUAAAAAUCAUGAAUUUCCCUCCAAAGCACAACCCGUAUCUCGAUCCUACCAAUAAACAACACCGCGAUUAUACCCGUCUAGACGUAUCUCACUCUCCAGACAACGUCCCAGACACCCCUUUCAACUCACCCACCGCAAUGUCUCUCUCAAACUCUGAAUCCUCAAGUCCAAAUUUCAAUCCCUUUUCUCUAAACCAACUCAUCAUGAACGGAAAUGAAACAUCCUCGUCGUCAUCACUACAUCCAUCACGAAACUUCACACCCACAUCCGCACCAUCAGAUUGGCGUCCCGAAUCUCGGGAUCGUGCUGGCUCAACCGGCUCGGAAAGAUCGGACAUUAUUGGCAACAAUAGAAAAUGCCACUGUGGAAGUGGAGGAAUGCAAAAAAGACACGGUGGUGAGGAAUCCGGUCCUGGGUUUGGAAGUUAUAGCGACAGUCGUUGUGAGCAGUGCAUCUCAGGAGACGAGGAUGUGGAGAGGGGAAGAUGUAGGACGAGGACGAAUUCGAGCAGCUCAAGGGAUAAGACGAGUUGUUCCAGGGAAAGGAAAAGGAGAAUGGAUCUUUAAUUUAUUUGGUUUUCAUACAUGUUUCCGGCGUUUCUUGACAUCCAAUACACGUUUGGAUCUUCGCACUUGAACUCGACACCGAGUUUGAAUCUUCGAAAAUAAGGUUGGGGAGGAAUCUUACCGGUUAGGCCAAAAAUUUACUUUUCGCCCGAAGACUUACUUACGUACUCUGCCGUCCCUUGACUGUUGGUGAACCAGACCUCAUCUGAUAUAUCGGACAAAUUCAGUUUGAGAACUCAUUCUACACAACCUCAAAAUCUAGACACUUGGAUGUUACUUGUGACUGUCCCUUGAAAUUAUAUCUGUUGGGUGUUUGUGGCGCUUUAUGGCAAUCACAACAAAUACACACUGAUGAGGAAUUCAUCUCCACUUUGGUAGUUGACACAAAUUAGGGAGCGAUUUAUUUAACGAUUAAUUUCAGGUCUUCCUAUGGAUGUAUCAACUUUAAGACUGUCAAGCUUAAGACUAUACAAUCAAAUUCCAAGAUGAUAUUUCCAAAGGACGUCUUCUACUAAUUCGCGUGUCAAAAUAUCUGUCAGGGUCGUAUGUGAAUCGACUCUGUAUUGCGUCUGAAGUGUGGAACACGAGA